AUGAUGUUCGCUAACAAGAAGCACUUCACCACUGCCAUCGUCGGGGCGCUGAUCGCACUCUCCAUCAUUGCCCUUGUUCUCAGCCUAGUGAAGAUUGAAGAUGUCACCCUCCCACCCACGGUCAAGUAUGGGAUGGUGUUUGAUGCAGGCUCAUCCCACACCUCUCUGUUUGUCUACGAGUGGGAUUCAGACAAGGAGAACGAUACCGGUGUGGUCAGCCAGACCUUGUCCUGUGAUGUCCAGGGGCAAGGCAUAUCAAGCUAUGCCAACGAUCCCCCGAAAGCCGGUAAUUCCCUAAGGGAGUGCCUGGAUAAAGCCCUCCUUCUUAGAGAACAGAACAGCUCUGCCGCAGACCGAGUCCUGGCCGAAGUUGCUAAAACUAUGCGAGAGUACCCUGUGGCUUUCAAAGGAGCUCGAAUCCUUACAGGAGAGGAGGAGGGGGCUUAUGGCUGGAUCACCAUCAACUACCUGCUGGAGUCCUUCACUAAGUACUCCCCCAAAGCACACACGUGGGUUCGUCCAGAGGCGGCCAACUUUUUUGGGGCGCUGGAUCUUGGAGGAGCAUCCACUCAAAUCAGCUUUAUGCCCGAAGGUUCAGUGAUAAACUGGAAUGAAGCCUCCAAGUUCACGCUGUACGGGUAUAACUACAACAUCUACACACACAGCUACCUCUGUUACGGGCAGAACGAGAUGCUGAAGCGACUGGCAAAGGAAUUAAUUGUGGAGUCGUCCUCCAGCACACGAGUCGAUCACCCUUGCUACCCAAAAGACUACAAUGAAACCGUCUUGCUGUCUUCCUUCCGUACCAGUCCCUGCACCAACCGGAGCGACCCACGCCUGACCCUCGGUGACAGGAACGUGACCCUGGAGGGCAGGGGCAAUGCCAGCGGGUGCCUGGCAGCCAUCAAGAAGCUGUUCAACUUCUCGGCGUGCGGCCAGAGCCAGGACUGCACCUUUGAUGGUGUCUACCAGCCCCGGGUCAGCGGGCAGUUCAUUGCCUUCUCUGCCUUUUACUAUAACUUCAAGUUUCUCAACCUGACCGAGGGGCAGUCGCUGGCUGCUGUCAAGGAGACCAUCGAGCAUUUCUGCACAAGAAGCUGGGAAGACCUGUCUUCUAGCUACCCCAAAGAGAAUCCUGAGCGACUGCCUAAAUACUGUGCUAAUGCCAACUACAUCCUCACACUCCUCCUCGAUGCCUACAAGUUCAACGAGACCAGCUGGAACAACAUCUUCUUCCAGAUGAAGGCGGGGAGCGCCGACGUCGGCUGGAUGCUGGGGUACAUGCUGAACGUCACCAACAUGAUCCCGGCGGAGGCUCCAGCGCGGGUGAAGGGGCACAUUCCUUCCCUGUGGGCUGCGGCUGUCGCCUUCAUCAUCCUCACCCUUGCCUUGGGGCUUGCUGCCCUGCUCCUGCUCUUGUGGGUGUAG